AUGGCCGUGUUGCCUCUGGAGAUUCAAGUUAUCAAAGAUGCGCCCACUCGAGACUCUCUGUCCAUGAAGAUCAAUAGUCUCUGUUUUGAGAUGGAGGCAGCAGGUGUCAUGGAUUGCUUCCCUUGUCUUGUAAUUCGUGGCAUAUGCGACUACUCGGAUUCUCACAAGAAUAAGGGAUGGCAGGAAUACGCCGCUUUGGUUGCCGCGGCAUAUGCAAAAGAGCUUUUGAUGUCUAUACCGCCUCAACUGUUGCAACACAGCAAGCGAAGAAAGGCACAGCACCCAACAGCCCCUGAACAUAUUAGCGCCGAAGCGGAAGAGUGUUUACGAGCGAUGUUUGUUACAGACUCUUCACUGGAUCGUGAGGGCAUUCUUGAUGCCAAGGGCGAUAUCUGUGAAGGAACAUGUGAAUGGAUCCUAUCUACAGAUGAAUUCAAGGCCUGGGAUCAAAAUUCCCCUCAUCUACUAUGGAUUUCUGCGCCACCUGAUAUUUUGAGGCAGUAG